AUGACCGACCUGAAAAUGGCACAAAGUGACCAAAAACAACAAAUGCACCACAUCAACCACACAGACUUAGAGGACUUCGUUCGCCAAAUCCUCAUCGCCAACGGCACAUCUUCACAAAACGCCACAAUCGUCUCAAAAUGCCUAGUCUCCGCCGACCUCCGCGGCGUCGACACUCACGGCAGCAACCGCAUCCCCUCAUACAUGGAGCGUAUUCGACAGAAAUGCCUAGACCCAUCCGCCACGCCAAGUCUCCGUCAAAUCACACCCGUCGUGGCCCAAGUUGACGGGCACAACGGGUGGGGAUUUGUAGCCGCGCACAAGGCAAUGAGCCGAGCCAUUGAAAUGGCCCAGGAAUUUGGAAUGGGCAUGGUCUCCGUCAAGCAUUCGAAUCACUUCGGGAUGUCAGCUUGGUUGGUUAAGCAGGCUCUUGAUGCGGGAAUGAUGUCUCUUGUGUUUACAAAUUCUUCGCCUGCGCUUCCAGCUUGGGGCGGGAAGGAGAAGCUUAUGGGUGUUUCACCUAUUGCGUGUGGUGCGCCCUCGGGGAAUGACAGUCGGUCUUUUAUUCUUGAUAUGGCUCCUUCUGUUGCGGCGCGGGGGAAGAUUUAUAAGGCGCUCCGGAGAGGGGAGAAGAUUCCGGUGGAUUGGGCUUUGGAUGGCGAGGGGAAGAGUACGGAUGAUCCGGCAAAGGCUUUGCAGGGUGUUAUGUUGCCUAUGGGGGGACCGAAGGGGUCGGCAUUGUCAAUUAUGAUGGAUGUGUUUUCUGGGGUUUUCUCUGGGGCUGCGUUUGCGGGUCAUGUCACGAAUCCCUAUGAUCCAUCUAAGCCGGCGGAUGUGGGACAUUUCCUUGUGGCUAUUAAACCGGAUUUGUUUAUGACUAUGGAUGAGUUCAAGGGGCGCAUGGAUUAUCUUUAUAAGCGCGUUACGGAGUCUGAGAAGGCUGAUGGGGUAGAGCAGAUUUUUUUCCCUGGGGAGAUUGAACAGAUCAUGGAAGAGCGGAGACUUGAAGAGGGUAUUCCUUUGGCUGAGGCUGAGGUUGCGGGUUUGAACAAGGAGGCUGAUUUAGUCCAGGUAGAGCACCUCAAGAUACAACCUGCCUGA